CAUUUUGGGUUUAGCACGCUAGCAGCUUUUUAAAUUUUGCUCACCAAAGAAGGUGACGGUGGAAUACGGGGUAUUCAUAUAAAGGUAUGAUCCCUAGAGAGCUUUUCUGCCGUCUUGCCUUUUCGGUAUUUCGAGUACGAUCGUUCAAUUAGUGUGCGCCUUAACUUAAAAGCUGGUGAUUCCGUGGCACAACUCCAUUAGCAGCACAACUGUGGCAACGGAAAGGUGACAACUUAGGGAUGGCGAAUAGAUUAGGAAACCAUGAAGUUACCCGCACCGCACGUGAAGUGCAGCAAAACUUUGCCGAGUCGCUCGGCUACGCGGAAGAGAUAAUCUGGGAUCUGUUGUCCCAUGAACAACAUGACGUGCUAAGGGGCAAACUCUGUCAAUUGAUUCGUGAUUCUCCGGAACCGAAAACUGCAACGGAAACUGAAAAAGACAGAAAAAUCCGGCUGAAGGUCAACGCAGAUAAUGAGCGCGCCCGUCAGAUCAUUUUCGAUUCCGUUUGGCAGCAACGAAAGUAUACCAACCGUCAAUCGCUGACGGCGAUCAUUUACGUAAUGGUGGUAACUGACGAAACGGACGUCAAUCGCGCCGAGGACGCCAGAGUCUUCAGCGUGCACCCAGUCUUUCGGGCCCGUCGAUGCGUCGUUGGCAGUAGUGGCACCAGCAGCGUCAGCUCGAAUUGCUGCAAUCUGUUUAUCGACGAGCUUGGUCGGGUCUACCAAAACUGGGAGAUGUAUGUGACCACCAACGAGUUGCCUGCCGGAGUGAUGGUGGCCCCAGAGAAGGGUAUUUACCGCUUGGUCAGGGAUCAAGUACGUCUGGAUAAGUACACAACGCCGGCGGGCACGACCAACAGGAAGGUGCUGGGCUACCUGGAUACUGGGUCGGCAGUCGGAGGAUUUUUUGCUGCCUGUGUGCCCAUUGCUGCCCUGCUAACGCUGCCCGUAUCCGCUCCGCUGAUGGGCGCAGCGGGAGUAGUAGGUUUGGCCAGUGCUGGAUACGCCGCAUCGCGGUCUGGCAGCAAGCUAUUCGAUCGCAGCCAACAUGAGCAGUCUAUCAAUGUGACGGACCGCGAAGCGCGUGGUCACUGGUUGGGCGUGGCUGGUGGCACUGUGGGAUUGGCAGCGGCUGGGGCCACCACAGUCUUGACAACGGCCACAAAUGCUGGACGCGAGGUGGGAGCGAUCACCCAACUGACUGUGAAUAGCAUGAACAUAUCCUCGAUUGUGGUAUCGGGCACUGGAGUUGCCAAUGGUGUGCUGGAUCUGAUAUUGAAAGCAAAAGACGGUGACGAAAUAGUUGCGAUGGAUGUUUUGCAAUUGUCCGCUUCGUUGGUGCUGCUCACGCACAGCGUCUACAACUUUAAAUUGGCUUCGACCAUAAUUAAUGAGACAAGCAAUGCUAAUAUUGCCGACUAUCGUAAAAACCUUUCUAAUAGGCAGCGGCGAACCUUUGACAAGGCUGCCAAGGAGACCGUUCGGAUGCAAGGCAACACUCGCGGCAAACUGGACAUUAUACGCAACGUAAACGAAAUUUCGCCACAAGAGUUUAAUGAUCUUUUUAAGAUCAACAAAAACUUGAAUCAGGAGGGCGUGCGAUACUCAUUCGCACCCGAUGGCAAAGGAUUUUUACUAAAUGGCGAUGUGCAGACGACGGGUGCGGAAUUGCGAGCUAGUGUACAACAUAACCAAGGAGGGAAUGUCCUAGGCAAAGUUAGUCAGCCCAUUCCCGGUAGCCAUGCGGGUUCUGGUCGCCUUCAACUGGGCGGCGUUAAUCAGGUUUCCCGUCUAAUCGGACCGCUGCCCACAUCCCAUCCUCGACAGGAACCCAGUACCUAUGCCGCCGGCGUGUUCGCCUUGGAGCUAAGCUCUGUGUUGGUGGGCGGUGUUGUUUUCGUACUGGAGAAAUACGGAAAAAUCAUAUUUGAGCACGUGAUCAAUGCUGAAAGUUUUGAGAGCCUAAUCAACAUCAUGGCCAAUAAGCUUGAUCCAAAAGUCUUUGACCAUAUAAUGCUAUUGACCAGAGCCUUCAUGGACACCAUGCUGGAAGACCUCACCUCGGUGCUAAAGUUCUUUAUAUCAACGGAAUCCGUUCUUUACCGCAUUUUGUUGUACAUUUUACGGAACUUCGAGGACGUGCAACUUUCGGUUAUUGCGGAUCACACUUGUGAGAUCGUAGAAGCCGUAAGGGUGUACUUCAUGUCCCUGAAUCCAAAUGCGUUCCCGGGUCUCCUUCAGAAGUGUCCGAAAUGUAUCGGCCACUUCAGCGUUUGUCCCUUGUAAGUGUUUAACGAAAUGGUUCGUUUAACAUUAGAAUUCAAGGGCCAUCAGCAUGUCAUAAUUGAUGCCCAAUUGUUUAACCACAAAGAAACGUUAGCUAGUUCCGCAAAUAAUCAAUGGGAUAACUUACUUAAUAUGAGCACAAAUUGACAAAGAUGAAAUUGUUUUAGCAUUUAAAUAAAGAUUUUAUUAACCCUGUUGAAAUAAUUGUAAUAAAAGGAGAAUUUUGAACCGGAAUGGUUCUGAUUUCCGGUUUUCGAACACAG